AUGGCAACUUGGGUCUAUCCUCCCAUUGCGCCCGAAGAACUUCGCACAGCCGAGGAUAACUCCUUGAGACUUGAGCUUCAAUGGUUCCUCGAGUCGCUGCAACGGUCCUUUCUCCAGUUGAAACAGGGUUUAGAGGACUGUGCCGCUUUAUUGGCCCCCCAAGAGCCUGGCUCAACCCUCGUCUUGUCCUCUCUCAGAUCCGAAUCUGUCAAGGGCUUUGUCAAUAGAGUCGGAACUAAACUUGUCAAAGGGGACAUUCAUCUCAGACUGGUCACUCUUCCGCCCAACACCCCUCGAGGCACAACUACAUCGACGCCUUCCACCCGUCUAAUAUUUUGUGCCUCCCCAACCUCCCCUGACAUUCUUCUUCCCCAACUCCUGACCGUCAAGUCAAUGGUCAAUGACUCCCUCGACAUCAUCGACGUCUCUCGUUGGACUGGUCAUUCAACUGAUUCAUCAUUCAUCUCUGGCCAACUGAAACUUCUCCACGAUCAUCUGCGCGAUGCCAAAGCCUGCUUAAAAGGCCCCAUCCCGGGCUCCGACCAGCCUCCGAUCCCAGGCACUGAUUGGUGGACUGACAGUCCAGAUGAGAAUGUCUUUCAACCACCGCUGGGAGAACAUUUAAGUCUCCAUUUUACCGUCCAGGACGCUAAUCUCGUCUUGACUGUUCGAACUCUAUCCCCGACUUCACCAGGCGGAACUCCCAGCACACCCACUGAUUCCGCAUUCUCACUAUCAGGCUUUAGUCUCCGGAGCAAACUACUCGGCUUAGGUCCUAAACCAGCCAACCACGACGAGAUGGGCGAGAUCUUUGAGUGGCGCGGAAAGCAAGAUGUCGUGGUUAGGGAGAAGGUCCGUGUCGAAACCUCCGAUCCCACUCUAUUGAGUGUCGCCGCCAAGUUGAGCGCUCUCGAACAUGAAAUCGCUCGCUGCCGCUUAAAUCUUGGCAUCAUCCUCACCGGCCGUGUCGAUCAAGACGAUUGA